ACGGACCGAUUGAUUAUGUUGCAAUAUGGCACAAAAUAACGAUUUAACAAGCAGCCUCCAAUCUCAUUUUAUUUGUGAUGUCUGUAAUAAGUUGUUCACUGCAAAAUACUCGGUAUCGAAACACCUUCGGACUUGUGGUGUGGCGAACUCGUUGAAAUGUCAGUGGUGUAAAAUAACUUUUAAAAAUCGGGGCAACUUAGUCACACACGCUGCUCGCAUCCAUGGCGAUUACAGUUACAAAGCUGCCUCAAACUUCAAGUGUCAAGUGUGCGAGAAAACAUUUAACCAGAGGUUCCAACUCACAUACCACAUACGGAGGGAACACUUCAACUUACAAGCCAAGACUCCGUACUGCGAAUUAAAAAAAAUAAACCAAGUAUGGUUCGAGAACGUUCUAAAUUCAAAUAGUGUACUGGAAAUCAAAAAGACUGGCCACAACACUCUAGUUAUGAGAAAACUUGACGAGAACACUGGUAUAAAAGUCAGUGAUACCAAGACAAAAAUAACAGAUCUAUCUAGUAUAUAUCCAGUACAUAAUAGGUCUAGAGUUAAAGUACAAUGUCAUAUAUGUAGAAAAAUGUAUCUGAAAAUCACAAUAAAAAAACAUAUGGAAGAAAAACACACUAAUAACUAUGGUAGGAACUAUGAGUGUAAUAAUUGUAAGAGAACAUUUAAACGAGCUUAUUUCUUUUUACAGCACGUGUGUAAUAAAGUACCUAAAAGGAAAGGAAAGAAAGCCAUUGUAAUUGAGAGUGUGCAAAGUUUAAAGCCUAUCGAAAUAUCAUAG